AUGGACGGUCUAUUAGCUGAGAUAUCAGCGAAACGAAAAGCGCUCGAACUCGAUUCUGGUGAUGUAGCAGGAGGAGGAGCAUCAAAGAAAUAUAUGAGAAGAGCAGAUAUCGAGAAAUUGAAAGAAGAAGAAGCCAAGAACAAGAGAAUGGAAGAAAGAGCUAAGAGGGAUUCUGAAAAAGCUGAAAAAUCAAAGAAGGAUGCCGAACAAGCAAGGAACAAAUCGUUAUCUAGAUUAGCAGGAUCAUCGACGCCAUCGUCUUCUAAAGCAGCUACACCUGAACCAAGCGGAAGCGGAAGCGGUGGCGCUGGCGCCGGUGUAGGAGAGAAAGAAGGAUUCAACAUAUCACCAGAAGAAUGUAUAAGGAGAUUGAGGAUUAAAGGUCAACCGAUACGUCUAUUUGGUGAAUCAGAUAAAGAUAGAAGAUUACGUUUAAGAGCAUUAGAAUUACUGGAAGAAAAAGGUGGAACUGGAAAUGGUGGACAUCAUGGUAGAAAUGAUUUUAUGAAAGCAUUGGAAGAAAUGGAAUCUGGUUUAGAUAAAAAAGAAAUCGAAAGGAAAGCAAGAGAAUUACAUCUUCAAGCUGAACAGAAGAAUCUUCUUGAUAGCAGUGAUGCAAAUGGAAAUGGAAAUGGACAAGAUAACGAUGAUCAAGAUAAAGAUAAAGUUAAAGAUGAAGAUGGGUCAAGGGAUAAUGGAAUCAUAUCGAAAAAGGAUAACAAGAAAAGAGGUCAAGAUUUAGGUAUAUUAGAUUUGGGUUUAGUCAAAACAGAUCCAAAUAAAUUAUAUCCUCUAAUAUAUUAUGCUUUAAAAAACACGAUCAGAGAAUGGGAAGAAUAUAUGGAUAUGAGACCUGAAGACAUCAAGCGUUCAACUCAAGGUAGAUUGGCUGCUGCUACACAAGUUCAAUCUGCUCAAAAUCUGAAACCAUUAUUCAGAUCACUACGAUCAAGGGACCUCGAAGCGGACGUACUUCGAUUACUAGCUGAAUUAGUCCAUCACAUGCAAUCACGCGAAUACCUGAAAGCAAACGAUGCUUAUUUAAGAUUAUCAAUCGGAAACGCCGCUUGGCCAAUAGGUGUAACGUCAGUUGGUAUCCAUGAAAGAUCUGCAAGAGAGAAAAUCGGUCAAGAUAAUAUCGCCCACGUAUUGAAUGACGAAGUUUCGAGAAAAUACAUUCAAGCUGUCAAAAGGUUAUUGACAUUCUCACAGACUAUAAGACCGCCAAAAGACGUCUCUCAAUUAAUGGGAUAA